AUGGCGCUACCACCACCUGUUGACGGCACUCAUGAUCCCCUCAGCUCCCCACUAACACCACUAUCCGAGACCUCCGAUGGGCUCCCAAUACCCGAAGACGAAGCGGCUAUUCCAAUGAUCGAAUUCUCUACCCAAUGGAAUAACAGGAGGGAAGCCCAAUGGGAUAUCGUUGGCCCCAAACGCGGAACUCAAUCAUCUCUUUCUGCGCCGGACCCUACAGCUCGGGGCCCUCCUCAAAUGUGGGCUGAAAAUAUAUACGAUGCUCAAGACGUUCUGCCUUACUUUAGCGUCGGUCAAACCAUAUUGGCGUCUAAGACUCCUAGAGCGCUUGCCCGAUCUGUAUUACUAACGAGGAACCUGCAUGACAUUUGCGCAGACUGGACAAGCGGAAUAAUCAAGUUUACCGUGCGGGUUCGAUACAAGCUCCAGCUGAACAGGCCCAAAAAGUGGAAACCCCCUGGCGAAACUGGUAAAUUAGCCAACGUUGAUUGCAGUCCCAUGGAUCCCAUACAGUUUCGAAAGUUGAAAGGUUGUUAUGAGGCAGGAGUUCCAGUUCGAGUGCUUGCUACAGGCGACUUUCCCUCCCUCCCCACACCAAGAGAAACCGAAGCUCCUGAUGCGGUUAGAAAUCAUCACUGGCAGGACGGAGUAGUCAUGUUAGGGUUUUUCUGGAUCAAGAAGGUUGAGGCAAGUGUUCUUUUUGAUUCCUUGGAUAAUUUCCUUACUAAGUGUGUAGAGCAGAAAGUCGAGCAUGUCUCCGAAAAUGUCGACCUCGAGACUGGCAAAUGUUCUGGUCGUUCCAAAUGGGAGCUUGAGCUUAAGUCUUGUAAUAUUAAUGAGCACCCUCAACCAUGGUGGUGUCCUCUCAACGAGGAAGCGCAAAAAGGCAACGCGUUGUUUAAUAGUCAUUUGGAAGAGGAUGACAAUGCGUUGGAACUUGGAAAUGCGCAUAAACGUCGCCGAGUUGACGCAAACAACAGCUCAGGUUACUGGGGCGGAACUCCAGUACAAGCGGAUCCAGUAUACACAUAUGAAAACGGUGAUAGACUAAGAGUAGAGGCAACACCAGGCCCAUUCUUGGACCCUAUGCUCAUUGACCCGGUACUACGUGAUAAAUCGCCCUCAUAUACAGGAUAUACGUUAAGUGGACCUCCCAGCUACCCUUCAAGCACUGGAGGCAUACCUGCUCCUGGAGUCGCCAAUCAAAUGGACAUCGAUCAUUCAGUCUUCCACUCACCACCCCCAGAAAUUCACCCAUACCAUUUAGGAUUGUCGCUAGAUCCUCUUGAGGGGACAGAGAACUGCUUGACGCCAUCCAAGUUCGUUUCUCCCCAAUGGCACCGCAGAGCGCAUACAGAGGCAGCAGGUCCGAUUGGAACCUUGUUCCGACUUGACGAUGGUGGACAUCAAGCCAAGACCGGGUUACAUCAGAUGGCCGUUCGUGACGAAAAAACAGGGCUGACGUUUGUGGAGUAUUGGCUUGCCGAAGCACCUAUGCCGAUCCUUGCUGAGUUGAAGAGGAUUGCGUCUAUUAGUCAAAGAAAAGCUAGGGGGAAGGCGAGUCUUCCGAAAGGUACCGAAAUACCAGAGCCCAAACCAAUCCCAAGUGCCGGCCCUAGUACUCUGGACUUCAAUCCCGGGACUUCACUUCCGACUGCUAUUCCUGAAUCCAAGCCCCAGACCUCUGGUCCUAAACCUGGGGUUCACCCAGACGGUCUGGCUCUUGUUCGUCGACGCGAUCCUGGUGGGAGUCGUGUGGUUUUCAGUGAAGACACACGGAUGCUAUUCAUGCAGAUUACUUGCCCCCAGAAUUCUAGCUCUCUCGAGUCGGCGGAUCAGAUAUUUUCAGGUUUCGCCGCAGAUGUCCCAAUGGAAAGACAAGAAAACAGUACAAGUUAUAAAACUGGUGCAUCCACUCUUUCGUGUCAUUACACCUAUCUGGCGGGGUCCGGUACCCAUAUUAUGCAUACAUCUUCACCCGCCGUCGAUUGGGAAUAUGUUCCUACUUGUGUGUAUGAUGCGCAUGCACUACUCGUCGACCAUCAGGCACACGCUAUUUUCAGUGGCAAUGAUACUAUCAGAGAAUUCAAUCAGAGUCUAUUCAUUCUAGGAAAUGGCAGCGUUGGAACAAACACAUUCAGAAUGACACACAAAGCAGAGGAUGGGCCUACUGGUUACAUGGUUUUUGGUGCAAGCUGUAGUAUUGAAAUACUAGUUGGCAACGGGGAAAAUGUGAAAAGGACGACAAAGGGAGAGGCUACGAGGCGUGCAGAGGUGUUACUCGCUCACGGGGAUGCACUUAUGACGAUGCCAUUAGAGGGUGACCCGCCAAUGGAGAUGAGAGUAAAAAGGACUGGGCUUGCGAUUGUUGUAAUUGCGCGCCAUGUCUCACCUGAUUACAUCCAUGGCAAAACAGUUAAGGUAGUCCCCCAAAAAGAACACCUCCCAGUAAUUAAGAAGCUUCCCGCUCCUGCCAAGCGAGAUGUAACUCCAGCCAAACGCAAGGCUUACGAGCCUGAUGGUAAAUAA